CGUGAUAUGACAGUUUCACUGGUUCUCAAGCCGCGUUGGGUCGACUCUGUGAUGUUCGUGUAUGAUAAUAACUUGAAUGAGAUUAAGAAGAGUAGCGCGGUAAUGGAGGGAUUCGUCAACACUGGGAAUUUCUCCGCGAAUCAAUGCAGGAAUCUGAUGGCUCACUCGGCGCUCGGAGGACACCCCGCACCUUUGGUUCAUGGCUCCGGUUACUCCACGGUCGACAUGUCCGGUUCUGGGGUAGGGGAGCCCGGUAAGCAAUGUGCCCCGUGCCCGCCCCUUCCCCAGGGCUCUCCCGCCGCCCCAUUGCCCUACGGAUAUUUCGGCAGCGGUUACUACUCGUGCCGAAUGGGUCGAGGUCCCAUUAAGUCUUGCACCCAGCCUGCCGCCUUGUCGAAUUAUCCGGGGGACAAAUAUAUGGACACUCCAGUGCCCACCGAUGAUUAUCCGGGUCGGGCUAAGGAAUUCGCCUUUUAUCACGGCUACGCUGGCCCGUACCAGCCCAUGCCAAGUUAUUUGGACGUUUCGGUAGUGCAGACCAUCAGUGGGGCAGGAGAACCGAGGCACGAGGCUUUGUUACCUAUGGACAGCUACCAGCCUUGGGCCCUCAAUGGAUGGAACAGCCAGAUGUACUGUAAAGAACAAGCACAGCCGCCUCACCUCUGGAAGUCCACAUUGGCAGCAGAUGUGGUGGGUCACCAACAGGACGGUGGUUCAUUUCGCCGUGGAAGGAAGAAAAGAAUCCCUUACACAAAAGUGCAACUCAAAGAACUGGAGAGGGAAUACGGAACCAACAAAUUCAUUACAAAAGACAAGAGAAGGAAGAUCUCGGCAGCCACGAAUCUCAGCGAACGACAGAUCACCAUCUGGUUUCAGAACAGGAGGGUGAAGGAAAAGAAAAUCGUGGCCAAAGUAAAGAGCAACACGACUUAAGUAGGAGACAAAUCUGGAGAAGGAAAAUGAACCGUACUGUACUGUUCAGUUGGCGCUUAACGCAGGUAUAAAGAGAGACAAUUACCAAAUACUACAAUACAAGCUUAAAGUGCAAACACGUCUUUCGCCGAGUCUUUGUCUGCAAAAUGCUAACACGUCCUCUAUUUUCAUUUUUAGUACUGCAACAGGGGAUUUGUGAAUGAAUGCCAUUAAAUGGACUAAGUAGAUGGACAAAAUGUAAAUAUAACUAUAACGAACCUGUAUCUAUACCAACACCGCAGUUUAUUACCAGCUUUUUUUGUGUGUAGUGACGGUAUGCAAUGUGUGUUUUAUUGGUGUAGCUGCUCUUUUUAUUUUUUUGUGUCUGGGUAAUGAAUUAAAAUCCGUUCACUAUAAAAGACAAGGCAGCAUUAUAUAUCGCAUCAACGUUAUUUGAAACUACUACACCGGGCGGGUGGGGGUUCACGUAAUAAAUGAAACAAAAAUAAGAAUACGCUUGUGACUCUACUAAUUUGGUCGAAAAAUUACAGAACUUGCACCAGAAUGGA